GUCAGUGUUUCAAUGGCCGGGGAAUAUAUCAUACUGGAGAACUCGUCGACUUAUCCGGGCUUCCAUUCCAGUUCCAACGGAUUGGCGAAUGGCAUGUACCGCUCCGCCCAGCGCAUCUCCACCGAUCGCCUGGUCCUGCUCAUUCUGCUGGUGAGCACCACGGUGAUCGGGCUGUUUGCCUACUGGGAUGUAAUGGUGCUCAACGCCGGCGCACUGCCACUGUCCAGAGGCACUAGCUCUGUUGAUUACAUGGAGCCUGGACUGCGCAACGAAACCCUGGCCGAGAAGAUGCAUCGGGAGGUGAGAGUCCUGUGCUGGGUGCUCACCACACCCAAAUACCACAAGACCCGGGCCAUUCACGUUUUGCGAACGUGGGGCAAACGCUGCAAUAAGAUCUACUUCAUGACCUCUGAGCCGGAUGACGAGCUGCCCACCGUUGUGCUGACCAAGCCGGACCGAUACGAGAUGCUGUGGGGCAAGACCAAAGAGGCCUUUGUCCACAUCCACGAGCAGAUGCGCCACGAGGCGGAUUGGUUCAUAAAGGCGGACGACGACACCUACCUCUUUUUGGAAAAUCUGCGCUACAUGCUCUACCCGUAUUCACCGGAGACACCUAUUUAUUUUGGAUUUAAUUACAAGAUGGUCGGCACUCACCAGAAGAACGAGUCAUACAUGUCCGGCGGCAGUGGCUACGUACUGAGCCGCGAGGCUCUUAGGAUCUUCGCCGAGGGCGUCAACGACACCACCAAGUGUCGCCAGGAGGACGAUCACGCCGAGGACGUCGAGAUGGGCAAGUGCCUGUUCAACCUGGGCGUGAAGGCGGGUGAUUCCAGGGACGAGCAGCUGCGCAACCGCUUCUAUCCCAUAGCUCCUUAUGGAGCCCUUCUCUCGGGCAACGUUGGCAUGGACUUUUGGUUGUACAAGUACGCCUACUACAAUCCGAGAUCGUGCAUGGACUGCCUGUCGGAGUACCCGGUGGCCUUUCACUAUGUGCACAGCAAGCAGCUGUACGUGUACGACUACUUCAACUACCAGUUCCAGCUCUCCGGAAGGGCGCAGGUGGCGGAACGGCUGCCCAAGAAGAUCCGGGAGGAGGAGCUGGUCAUCCCCGAGAGCGACAAUCCGGUGUCCUAGGCAGGAGCCAGCCAUUCUGCCACUUCAGCAGCAGCAAUCUCAAGUCCAUAUCUACAUAUUUUCCAUCCUUUUUUUUUUGUGUGUGCUUAUCGUGUAUUUAAUAUAUUAUGGGCACAAGGCGAACGUGCCAAGGCUGCCAGAUGCUGUCCUGUUGCGACUCCUUGUCCUUGCCCGAUCCACGUCCUAGUUUAUCUAUUCAUGUAUUUAUUAUUGAGCAGCUCGUGGCAGACGGGCCACACGAAGGCAUUAAAAGGAUAAUGGAGGGCUACUGGGUGGACAUUUACUCUUGAUUUCCAAUGAGGAUUUCAAAAAGUUGCAUAUCUAGAAAAAUGAAUUAGUCGCAACUAUAAUGGUAUGGCUGCACUAUUAACAUUGUAAGUGUACGUACGAAAUGACUGCAAUCUCUGAUCUGUUGAAUGGUACAAAUUAGAGUUGCCAGCUUGAACUUUGUUAUGC